AUGGACGAGAAGACGCAGCUGUUGCGCUCCGACAGCAUUAAUCGGCAGUUUGCAGCGAUUCUCGCUGAUGCCCAAAAGCAGUAUGCUGAUUCUACAGGUCUUGACCUCAAAGACUAUAUGACACCACCGAUGCGGACGACGGAGGACCUUCUGAACGUUAUCAACCGGCAGAAUGAGCAGUUCACGAGUUUUCGUGAGAAGCGCCAAACUCUUUUUCAGUGUCUUUCAGCUGCAUGUAAGCCUCUGGAAGUCGUUGGCGAAGCUCUGGCAGGCGCAUCGGAGGAGAUCUUUCCUCCGGGCCAGACGAUAUUCGCAGCGGUUAUGUAUCUGGUGAAUGCUGCCAAGGACGUUUCAGCAUGCUAUGAUUCGAUCAUAGAUCUGUUCGAUCAGAUGCAAGACUUCACCAUCAGACUUAAGUUUUAUGUGUCUCAAAGAAUGUCCAACGAGCUACAUGAAAAAGUCGUCAAAAUUCUGGUCACUAUCUUUGAGAUUUUCAUCAUCGCAGCGCACGAAGUCAAGAGCGGUCGGUUGAAGUCGUAUUUCAAGCGGUUGUUCGGGAAGGAGAGCAAAGUUCCUGAUUCUAUGAAAAAGCUUGCUACUCUUACUGAGGGAGAGGAACGACUCGUUAUCGCAGAAACCAGUGCUGGUGUCAAACGGUCACUCUCAAACCAAGAUCGCUUGCUCGAAAUGAUGUCGAGAGUUGACGUAAAUGUCCAGACACUGCGUGUAGAAACUCGUACAACCCAGACGAGAGAGCAGGCGCUCUCAUCCAACCGAGACAAGCUCAAAGGUAUUUUGCAGCCCUCAGUUUAUCCAGAAGACACACUUCUGUCUCUGAACAGAACCAGGACACCUGGUACCUGUGACUGGAUUCUGGAAGACCCUUCCAUGAAGGCCUGGUUCGCUGGCGAUAUUCGAUUCCUUUGGGUUUCAGGAAAUCCCGGUACAGGAAAGUCCUACUUGACCUCCCGUCUUGUUUCUUGGGGUCAAGAAGUACUAAACGAUCAAGAAACGACCAGUAUGAUUGGUUAUUUCUUUUUCCGCCAGAACAACCCAGAAAGUCGCUCAAUGAUUCAAGCUCUAAGAGAUAUGGCAUACCAAAUUAGUGAACAGGAUGUUUUUUACGGCAAACAACUUAUUCGUGAGGUGUCCACUAGCGAUGAGAUUAAGACCGUCUCGAGCGCAUUCAGAAAAUUGCUUGUUGAGCCAUGCGUGCUAGACAAGUGGAAACGACACAUUUAUGUGUUGAUGGAUGGUCUGGAUGAGGCUGACCCGCGAGAAGUCAAAGAGUUUCUCGCGAUGCUGGACGAUUUAAAUCAACAAUCUGCAGAAGGAACAAGAGUCCAGGUCGCCCUGAUUGGGCGCCCUAGUCUGUCCGAUGACAUCCUAGAUUACCUCGGAAACGACUCCACCGGAGGUCAGCAACUUCGAACAAUACACGUCACACCUGAUCGAAACAGCUCUGAUAUUGUAUCUUACAUUGUCGAAGGCGUCAAUUCCGCACGAGUUCUACGAGGCUCUACAGAAGACUUUAAACAGGGAGUUAUUGAAGCCAUGGUUAAGCAAGUUGAUGGACUCUUCAUUCUUGCCAAAUUCAUGCUGGCAGAACUGAACAGAAUACGUCACCCCAGAAGAAUCAUCGAGAGUCUUCAAUCUUAUCCUAAGGAAAUCAACGGCAUGUUGAAGAAAGCAGUGCUAGGGUUUAGCUCAUCCAUCACGCAAGAAGAGGCAGACGACCUAAACGAAAUUCUCAUCUGGGUUUCGGUCGCCGAGAUGGGUCUCACGCUCGAGCAAAUUGAGGCUGUUUUGGCGCUCAAAAUGGGCGACGCACCAUUUGGACUAGAGGAAUCAUUGAGAGGACAAUUCUCAUGUUUUUUCACGCUAGAGCGAGAGGAUGGACUGUCAACAGCGGAUUUGGCUGAUCGGCAUGACAUGCAUCGUCGCCUAUCUCAUAUUGAUCUGGAUAUUACCAAGCGAGCAAGCCCUGACUUCCUGGAAACCGACAGAGAUAUUGAGUAUUUCUCAAACAAGAGCACAACAUACGUUACCUUCUUCCACAUGUCGGUCAAGGAGUUCUUUCGAGAAGACAUUUCGACCGAUCUGAAGGCUGACUCGCAGUCGCCUUCUAUCGGUUUUCGACUUGCUGAUGCCAGGUUACAUGUCCUGAAAGCUUGUCUGCGCAUUUUUACUGACCCGACCUAUCUCACCCUGGGUCAAGAAGGACUGUCUCUACAGCGGUACGCCGCCUGGUACUGGCCUGAGCAUCUCGGAGAUGUCAAACUCUCUGACAUAUCUGCAGCCGAGAAAGCGGAUAUUGGCACUCGUCUUUAUGUCAUGCUUACGGACCCAACUGUGCUUCUCACAUGGACCAAUUUGUUUGAAGAGUCCCUUGAUAUUUGGACUGAUGAUAAUAUUAAGGUGGUCUCCAAGUGGCUGAAUGAUGCAGAUGUUGUUAGAAGCCUUAAUGCCGAACAAAAAGCCUGGGCGACUGCGGCAGCGUUAAAUCCAGCCCGUCUACUGGAACCAAUGGGAAGAACCUUUUCCAAAGCUUGGCUUAUUGAAGAUUUCGGCAUGUACAUGCCAACACUCUUCUGUUUUGGUGUAGUCCAGUCACUGCCGCUUCUGGAGGAAGGCAAAUCUUGGUCUGAUUCCGAAUUGCACUGGCAAGAGGUCAAGGUGGAAGAAAGAAUCAAAAAGGCCGCCGAAUGGGCGGACCACCCGAAAACUGGGCAUUGGUACCGAAGGAUCGGUAGUACUCUUCUUAAUUUCGGGGAGCAUGAAAUAGCGCUGGAGUACUUCAAAACCGCGCUAGACCUUGACUCCAACAUCGUCGAGAGUUGCGGUCGUAUGGGUGUUUGCUAUGCCAUGAGUGGCAAUUUCGAGAAGGCCCUUAAACUUCAUCUCAUGUGCGAGGUUGUCGAACAGAACCACAUGGCCAAGGGCUACUACAAGACGGACCAGGAAAUCAAAAACAGCAAAUGGCGACUCUACAAGAACCAAGCCCAGAUCGCCGAAUGCUACAACCGCAUCGGCCGGGUAGAAAGUGCUAUAGCUUACUGUCGCAAGGCCAUGAAAAACGCUUACAACACUCGCGACUUUGAACCAGAGGCUGCUUAUAUGAGGGUUCUUGUGGGGAACAACCGUGUCACGGAAAUGAUGAGCCUUUUUGACGAGCUUGACAAUCAAUACACCGACAAAGGAAGCUCCAGAUUUGUUUUGUUCCUCCUGAGUCAGAUCCCCGAUCCAUCUAUCCGAGACUGGUUCCCUCAAGCUGCGGCUCGGACAAGGAAGACGGACAUUCUCGCUGAGCGCUAUGCCUAUGCAAUUACGUCGGCGCACGAUUCUCAAGAUUCUCGAAAGGCAUUUUACUUGCGUAACGCUCUUGGAAACGUGUAUAUGGCGGCCCAGCAAUACAACAAUGCCAUCAGCAUUCAGGAAGCCAUCUGUUUCGAUUACAAGGCCAGAGGCAGCCUGGCUGUACGAGUUGAAUAUAUAGCCUCGUUCAAACAACUCGCAAGGGCCUACUAUUUUAAGGCGCUUGAAGCUGACGAGACCCUAAGAUCUGCUGCGGUUGGUCCCUGGAUUAAGAAGCUUGAGGAGCUCAUGCAGCAGCAGCGAAAGUAUCAAGAUCGAGAUGUCCCACUGUAUAUGGCUGGAUUUGAUUUCAACGAAGCAUCGAUAUUCUUGAUUCUCCUAUACCGGUUGCAAAACAAGGAGUCCGAGUCCCGGAAACUGCUGGGAGGUCUUGUGUCUGAAAGUCUGAAACUAUUGGAAGAUGAUGAGCCCCAAAACGACGAGAUUGGCAUUCGCAACCUUCAACGAACCUUGAUUGCGGCGGGCGAUGAGGUCAACGCGCUGGCACUGUGGCAAUCUGUCAGAACACCACCAGCGGCGACAAAUCUCGCUGGCCACUUGAACACCGAGAGGCGUUCUAGCUCUCCUCGAAUUGGUGGUCACUCUCCACGGAGACAAAGUAAGCAGAUCACGCUGCCAAAAGUAUUCUCCGAGGACAGUGGAUUUUCGUGUGAUGACUGCCUCAAACUAUUCAAACCGUCAGACAAGUUCGCAGUGUGUUGGUACUGCAUUGACUCAAAGUUUUGUCUGCCCUGUCUGGCUGCGCUGAAAAGCCAGAACUACACUCAAGCACACACUUCUCCAUGCAAGGCAAGCCAUAAGUGGAUAACAGUGCCGCCUUUGCUAAAAGAUCUUCAGUCUGGAGAGAUUUUAGUAGAUGGGCAGGUUCAACGACUAAACGAGUGGAAGUCGGCAUUGCGGCAGAAGUGGGCGCAAUCAAACACUGCCACAGGGCUUGGGAUUAUCUAG